AUGGAUCUCCACAAAAGAUUUGUCUCUCGCGUGUUAAUACCUUCCAUCGCAAAGGGCGUCAAAGAUGCAGCAUUUGUGCUGGUCUGUUGGGUUUCUGCACUUCUAAUCCUCUCAAUAAUCACCACCUACCGUGAGGGCCGUGAGGGACAAGUUUCUUCGCUGAAGGCUUCUCUCGAUGACAACAUGCGCCGCGUGUCUGCUAGCCUUGCCCCCUAUGCCAGGAAAUAUUUACCUUUUCUUUAUACCGAAAAGCCAAAAGCCAUCGAGGACUGGGUUGAGGAGCAGAGGGCUGUUGCCAACUUCAGCUUCGCACAUGGCCAUGAUGACCUUGAGACACGGUUACGGCUCCGGGCUGACAUAAAUCGCCGUCUUGAAAGAGCCUUGUGGAUCGAUAACUCAUUGACAACUACCGAUGUCUCUCAUCACCGGGCUUUCUUAGCAUUUUCAGCACGCCUUGUCAACGAUAAACUAGCAAACCGGGACUGGGAGAGAUUAUACGAUGUGGCAGUGGGAUUUCUCAAUGCUGAGCUUGAAAGAACAGACAAGAUCUCACUGGCAGAAACUAGCCUUGUGACCAUCACAGAGAUCAACAUCCAGUGGUUGAGAUCGAAGUGUGAUCCACAGGUCGGUCCAUCUCCGAUCCUUGACAAGGAGAUAUACAACUUGAACGUGACCUAUGGGAAUCUUUAUAACAGCUUCCUUCGACCUGGCCUGCCUAUAAAACCGGCCGUCAAAAUUCUCAGUGUCAUCAUGCCGCAGUAUGAGACCCUUUGGCGAGUUGUCUUGCUGACCUUCGUCACGGCAUACCACUCCCAACGGGAUCUGGCACAUGCAGACGUUGUCAAGCGCACUGAGACUGUCCCAAGCUGCCUUGGGAAGCCAUCAGAAGAACGCGAAGCACUCACAGUGGCCAUGGAGGGCCUUCGCCUCUACCCCUCUAACAAACACCUCUACCGCAGCUGUCCCAUCACCAAAGCUCCCUCUUCCACUCCCAUAAGAACCCAACUUAGUUGUGCCAUCUCCGCACUCCACAGGCACCCCUCCAUCUGGGGCCCCUCCGCACUUCACUUCCUCCCCUCCCGCUUCGAUGACUCGCCUUCUUCAACCGAUAACGACGUUAACGACAACUCUUCCAACACAGGCGGACUCACACCGCUGCAAAAACGGGCCUAUAUCCCUUUCUCCAUCCGGCCGCAUCAGUGCCCUGCUGCGGGGAGACACGGAUUUGGAUACAGGAUGGUAACUAUGUUGGUUGUUGCGUGUGGACGGGUGCUGGGUCCAGAGAGGGGAAAGGUUUUAUUAGGUGGGGAGGGUCUUGAGGAUCUGACGGAAGAGUUGAGGACGGGUAGGGAUGAGUUGGAGGAGUUGGUUUGGGUUAGGAGCGAGGAGGCCCGGAGUGAAUGA